UUUUGGGAACUUUUCGCGGAACUAAACACAGCCUCAGGAACUAAGGUUAAAGGCGCUAACUUCAGGGAGCCUGUACGAGGUAGGACAAGUGCUCUGCAGCAAGCCAUCAUGAAGUUUGGUGACCGGACUAGUGCAUACAUAAUAAACCCAAGUGUGGGGACAGAAUUUGACAACUGCGAUGAAGCUUAUGAGUAUUACAACCUGUAUUCUUGGGAGUGUGGGUUUGGCAUCUGCUGGGGGAAGAAGAGGUGGUCUGAGAAGAGGAGUAAAAGAAAAACACCUAGUAAUAAAAUAUAAAAAUGAGUGGUGGUUCAGUUAUAUGACUACUUGUGUUAUGUUUGCUAUGAAUGUUUUCAAGGGAAAGCCCAGGGUAAUGUGAAGACCAGUUCUUCUAAAACAGACUGUAAAGCAAUGCUACGCCUUCAUCGAAUAUCGGAUGAUGGGUGGGUCGUGGUGGAGCAUAUUUCUGACCAUAAUCACCCGCUCUCUGAAACAUAUGGUGAGAAGAAACACUGGCCUUCACACCAUCAUCUUGACAAGUACACAAAGGACUUGAUCCGUAUGCUAAGGCAAAAUAACAUCGGUAUCACUAAGCUUUACACUAUUUUGGGCAAUUUUUUCGGGUCGAUGGAAAAUGUGCCUGCAACGAAAAGAUGUUUGAAAACACUUUGCCAAAAUAUUAAUCGUGAACAGGCUGAGGAUGAUAUCAAGAAGACCUUGGAUUUGAUCCGUGAACUCCGUAAAUCUGACCCAGGUUUUAUGCUUAGUGUCGAUACUGAUGAGGAUGGUAGAAUUAAGACUUUGAUGUGGACGAAUAGUCGAAGCAGGAUGCAGUAUGAGCAUUUUGGGGAUGUAGUCAGUUUUGAUACAACGUUCAAAACUAAUAUGUAUGACAUGCCUUUUGGUUUAUUUGUUGGAGUGAAUAACCAUUUUCAGACAGUUCUUUUUGGUGGUGUACUAAUGACUGAUGAGAAAAUUGAUAGCUUCCGCUGGGUGUUCCGGGAGUUUGCAUCAUUGAUGGGCGGUAAGGAGCCUAGUACAGUACUAACAGACCAAUGCCGUGCAAUGGAGGUAGCUAUUGCAGAGGAGUGGAAGGAUAGCAUACACUGUUGGUGCAAGUGGCAUGUACUCAAGAGAGUGAAAGAGUGUUUGGGGACAAAGUACACUAGUAUCAAGGAAUUCCGAGACAAAUUCCAUAUGAUACUAAAUGAGAUGUUGACAAUAGAGGAGUUUGAACUUAAUUGGGCAUCAUUGGUGAAGGAGUUUGGACUUCAGAACAACAGUUUUCUUGCACAGAUCUAUGAAACGAGACACAAAUGGGUGAAGAGCUAUUUCAAGGGGGUGUUUUGUGCAAGAAUGACAAGCACACAGCAGAGCGAGAGUGCAAAUCAUAUGCUUAAAAAUAUACUGUCACCUGCUUGCACGCUUCGUCAGUUCUUGGACCAGUACAUGAAAAUGCAAUACAUCAGGGAUGAGGAUGAAAAUUAUGAGUAAAGGCGUAAUAAGCUGAAUAUGCAAAAACUGAGCAUUGGUGGCCCUCUAGUAGUCCAUGCACACAAGAUUUAUACUCUCAAAGUGUUUGCAUUAUUCUGUGAGCUAAAAGAAGAUUCAGAGUUUUACCGUGCAAUAGAGGUUGUACAAGGGGUGCAUUUUUUGGCCGAGCACUAUAACUUUAACUGGGUUAAACAAUGGUGCAAGGGCAAAUAUGCAGUUGAAGUGGUAGAAGGAGGUUCAAGGUACAUUUGCGAGUGUGGAUUAUUUGAGCAUUUCAGAUUACCCUGCAGCCACAUAUUGAGGGUGAGUGUUUAGCAGUUUGGUUCAACAUAUGAGAUAAAUGUGAUCAUUCCGAACUGGAUAUUUGCUUGAUGAGCAAUGUAUAAUGGUACGUAUUUUAUGCAUGUUAUGAU